AAUAUAUACAUGGCCAGCUUCACUGGCCACCAGUUGGACACUCAGAGCGCGUCCAGGUUGAUCACAGUUUGAAACAUGGCAAACAAUUACAUCGCCUCUCAACCCCAGCCAAUGGGAAUGCCGACCAACCAGCCAAUGGGAAUGCCGAUCAACCAGCCAAUGGGAAUGCCGAUGGCACAACCAGUUGCUAUGCCAAUGAUUCAACCAAUGAUGAACAACCAGAGCAACACGACAGUGGUCGUAAACUCCCAGCCGUCAGCGGUAGAUAACUCUUCCCGAUCCUGGAGCUCUGGGCUCUGUGCCUGUUGUGACAACUUCGGUAUUUGUAUGACGGUGUGGCUGUGUCCGGCGUGCUACGCCUGCCACCUUGCGGGGAAGUCUGGGGAGUUCUGCCUGGUGCCGCUGUUAGUACCCGGGUGGAUGAUAUCCCUCAGGGCCUACGUCAGGGGCAGAUACCGGAUUUCGGGAACUCUAUGUGACGAUUGCAUGAAAGUCACGUGCUGCUUCCAGCUCACUAUGUGUCAGUUGUCACGUGAAAUUGACUUCAUCAAAGACGGGAAGACGGCGCUGUAGUCACGUGGAACUGACAUCAACAACCGGAAGUACCGUUGUAGUCAUGUGGUCAACGUAUACCUUGUGCUAACUGUGAUAAAAAUAAAAGUGCUCAACAUUA